UCCUCCCUUCUCUCUCCCUAUGUUUUGUUAGAGUGUUGCAUGCACUUGGGGAUGGCUGAUCAAAGUGGUAAAAAUAUUGUAUUGAGGGAAUACAGGAAAGCAAACUGGACUGUUGAUGAAACUAUGGUAUUGAUUGAGGCAAAGAAGAUGGAUGAUGAGAGGAGAAUGAAGAAAAGUGGGGACAGUCAAGGGAGGAGCAAACCAACAGAGCUGAGAUGGAAAUGGGUGGAAGAUUAUUGUUGGAAAAGAGGGUGUUCGAGGAGCCAAAACCAGUGCAAUGACAAGUGGGAUAAUCUCAUUAGGGACUACAAGAAAGUGAGAAAGUACCAAAGGAGAAUAGCUGAAAGUGGGGAAGGGAAUACUAGUAACGAAGGAUCUUAUUGGGAGAUGGAGAAGAAUGAAAGAAAAGAAAAAAACUUGCCUAGCAACAUGUUGCGCCAGAUAUACGAUCGUUUGGAGGAGGUGGUGGAGAAGAAAGGAGAUCAAAAGGUGGUGGCUGCUGGUGGGUCACGUUCCAUUUCCAACAUACCUUACGUUACGGAUAGAACAAUGACUAGUGUGCAAGCUUCAUUGCCUCCUCUAUUGCAACAUCAACUUUCAGCUCCUAUUCCAGCUGCAAUUCCAUUACCUCUACCAGCAAUGCCACUGCUGCCGCCACCACCGGCUGCUCCUGCGCCAUUAGUGCAACCACCUCCCCUUUCAUAUGCUCAACCAUUGCCCACAGUAGAUUCUGAUACAAGUGAGUAUUCAGACUCACCAGCAAAGAGAAGGCGAAGAGGAGGCAAUGGGGAAGGCACCAGUGGCACUGCCAGUGCAAACAACUCAAAUGAAGUGGGCACUGCAAUCUCUGAAAGUGCUUCCAUUAUAGCAGAAGCCAUCCAGGCUAGUGAGGAAAGACAGGAGAGAAGACAUAGAGAUCUUUUUAGUUUGCAUGAGAGAAGACUAAAGAUUGAGGAAUCUAAGACAGAGAUCAACAAAAGAGGCAUGGAUGGCCUGGUUGAUGCCAUUAACCAGCUUGCUAAUUCCAUCCUUGCUUUAGCUUCCCACAAGAACCAGUCAGCUCCAAAGUGA